AUGUUGAAAGCCAAUUUUGCAUUCUGUUGGUAUAUAAAGGAUGACAUUCUAUUACGGACAGCUGAUUUUGCACAAAAGAAACAGUUAGGUGUUGAUAAUGACUGUGAAGAUAUUUUAUCUGAAAUGCGGCGGGAGGAAAACCCGGACCUGAGGAGAAAGAAUUCUGUCCAAACCGAUCUCAACUCCCAAUCGUGUCAAUCCGCAGUUGCCUUGGAACGAGGCUAA